AUGAGGCCGAUUCGUCCCUUGGUUCGAUCGCGUAUGUUGAAAGUUCCAUCGCAUACCCCUAGAGCUAACAAGCUCCCCAGUGGAAGUUCUACAACUUCUGUGUCGGAAAGCAUUUUAGAGUAUCGUCGCAUCCAAGGCCGUACAUACCAUGCUUCCAAGUUCGCAAACGACUAUCUGUUUCCUAAUGAUGACCAGCAGCUGGAAUCCAUUGAUAUUACUCAUCACUGGCUUACCCUCCUUUUGGAUGGGAAACUCUUUCUUGCGCCAAUCGAAAAAGAUGUCCAGAAUGUUCUGGAUGUUGGAACUGGAAGCGGUAUCUGGGCAAUUGACAUCGGCGACCAAUACCCAAGUGCCAAUGUCGUAGGCACCGAUCUCUCACCUUGCCAGCCGAGCUGGGUCCCACCAAACGUGCGCUUCGAAAUCGAUGAUGCUAACGAGGCGUGGACCUGGGAAAACGACCACUUCAAUUUUAUCCAUAUUCGUUAUCUCUUCGGAGCCAUUCCAGAUUGGUAUCAUCUCUUUGCGGAAGCCUAUCGAUGCUGCAGCCCCGGGGGUUGGAUCGAGUCAGCAGAGGCUGACGUUCGUAUUCGAAGCGAUGAUGGCACUGCAGAUUUGGAGCCAGUUUGGGAGACAUGUAAUAAAAUGUAUGAAGAGGGCGGUAAGGCCCUGGGUCGAGACUUCUUUGUUAGCGACCUUCAGGUUGAAGGGCUGAAGAAGGCUGGGUUUUCCAAUCUUAAGAUAGUCGAUUACAAGAUCCCUAUCGGAGGCUGGCCGAAGGACCCUGCAAUGGCUGAGAUUGGCCGCUUUGUUCAACAGACGUUGGAAAACGAUCUCGAAGCGAAAGGAUACUCAUAUCUCUUGUGGAACGAGGUUCUCCAGUGGCCAAAGGAUGAAUAUCAACUGUUCCUUAUGCAGAUGCGGCAGGCCUUGCGUAAUCGCAAGGUUCACAGUUAUAUCACCAUGCGCUAUGUGUAUGGCCAGAAGCCUGAGUGA